CUUCUCUCUAUAAAGUAGGUGUGAAUAAAAUAAUUCAUCUAUUAUAAUAUUAUAAAACACACAAUAAAAUAGCCUACUUACUUGUUAAACCGUGAUAAAUAUAUUAGUAGAUCUAUCAAGAUAUUUUGAAAUUUAUUGAGUAACUUUUAGUGAAAGUUUUUGAUUCAAUACAAUUUAGUCUAUUGAUAUUUUCGAGUGGGUGUUGAUAACACAAAUGAGUGAUUGAAGUGAUAAAACUUGUGUUUGAUUUGAAAAACACAAAAAAAAUAUAAAGGAAAUUGAGUAACUCGUUGAAGUUACGGAAGACAGUACAAAAAUUAUCGGCAAACUGAAAGACAAGUUGGAGGUCAAAAAAAUUUCAGCUAUUAUGCGUAAAGUGAAGGAAGUGAUGAAGAGUAAAACUGUCAGCUGACUAGCAGAGUUAUUCCGCGUUCGAGCGGGAGUUAAAGAAACAAAUCGUCAUCAAGGCGACAGUGAAGAUAAUCAGCAGAACAAAGAUCCCAGGUGCUCGGUAAUGACUUUCGGCACGGCUUUUCACACCGACAAAUCGGGUUUUGAUGAUCACUCAGUCAUGCAUCGACCUAGUACGGUUUCAGGAGAGGAAGGAAUGUUAACCGGAAGUUUAGGAGCCAAAUUAAAAUGUUCAUCACCGAUAUCACGACUGAGAGUAGAAAAAAUCGAGGGUGGAUUGAUGGUUGCUGGCGUUGUUAUAGCAGCGAACUGUCAGAUUGCACUUCCUGCUUUCGGUUUUCUCUUCAUGUUUGUCGGAGCAGUUUUAACUGCUGCAUCCUACCGAGGUCCAGGUGAAGAUGAAGAUAAAGAUUCUUACGCAGCUAGAAUUGCAUUUACCGGGAAUUCACGAAUCUUAGGGCCAAUUUGCAUUGUCGUCGGUGCAUUGAUGCUAGGACUUGGUGUCUUGCUAUGCAUGUUAACAAGGCGUGCAAGAAAAAGGGAACGACGAGUGGGCUUCCAUUGUCCGUUGCAUGGCGACUUUUAUCCACUUGGGCCUGUCAAGGGUGUAGGAAUCCUCGGAGGCAAAGAAGUUGGUCGAUGGCCAAAAAUUCCUUGUUUAAAGGGACGCUCAGAUACUAAAACACUCAACAGUUUUAUGGGAUCGCACAUGGGUCCACCACAAUGUCCACAUUCAGUUCUCAGCAGCACCAGAAGUUCUGUUAGUAGUUCACCAUUAAGUCCUUGUCCAACACCAAUGCCAUUUCUCGUGACAUCCGGAUCUGUCAGCAGUGGAAUGGUACAAAGCGUCGGAGCAAAUCUGUCGCCAGACCAGACUUUUGGAUCGAUCCGAUCUCUCUCGGUGACCCGAGAAGUAGCAAGCUUCCCACUAUCGAGAACACCAACACCACCGCCUCAACACAGGCCACCCACUUCAAAUACUGAAGAUUUGAUCGGAGUAAAUAGUCCGCUUCGUGAAUCUUCGCCUCGACCAGAAAUUCGAGUAAUAGCGCCGUCUCAUCGACCAAUAUCGGCCUUAGCAACAAAUUCAUCGUCCAAUGGCAGUAUUCAAUCAAACCGUAAAUCUGUAAGCAUUUUACUUCCGGAAUAUAAUUCCUCUGGAUGACCCCAGCAUGGCUUCGUCCAUCGCUGCGACGAGGCGCCGCUUUCCAUGUGAGCUCGACAAUUUCCAAAACUGCCUUGCACUGCAUUAUCAGUUAUGGUUUAUAAAUAAAAAUAAAAAAAUAAAUGACAUUACAUUACAUCUUAAGAGGAAAUAAAAAGAAUCAUCACAAGUAGAAACAACACGAGUGAUGAAUAAGAAACAUUACCAGUCGCAAGAUUAUUUAUCUUCAUCACUAGCUAAGAGCAAUGCGAGUGAGAAGUGAAAAAAUAAAACUAACAAAGACUAGAUACAAAUAAACAAGUGUAAGUCAAGAGAUAUUGAUAAAGGUCAUAAGUUAACAGCCCGACAUUUUUGUAAUUCUAUUCCUGACGUAAUAAGGUGGGUCAUGAUUAAGUUUAUAAACUGGAUUAAUAUUAUUGAUCUAAUAAAACAAGACGUAUUAAAUUAUAUAUAUUAUAUAUUUAAUCAUAUUUCUGUUACCAUAUUAUAUGGUAUUUUUAUUUAUAUUAUUGCGAUAAAUAAUUUGUCUAAUUGUUAGAAAUAUGAUCAAUUAAAUCUUGAAUGAAAUUAAAGAUGAAUAAUUAAAUUAAUAAUAAUAUUUAAAAAAAGACAAAAAAAAACUUGUAUUACUUUUAUACACAGAAAAGAAAACGAUUUUUUGGCGCAAAAAAUUUUUAUUCGCCCCAAGAAAAUUUUUAUCUGCCCUAAGAAAUUUGUUUGCAUCAUAAAUUGAAAACAAAAAUUUUCUUGGGGCGAGAAAAAAUUUUCUGGAGCCAAGAAAAAAAUUUUUUUGUUCAUUUGAUAAUGAAAAAUUUUUCUUGCAUCAAGAAAUUAUUUUUUUCUGUGUACUCAAAUUACAGUCUUACAUAUCGCAAAAGUCACAAGCUUCGCAAGCUGACAAUAAUCAGUAUAAUAAAAUGGUUUUUUCAGUUAUUGCUAUUGAUCUUUGGUAAUAGACAAGUUUAUAAAAAAUUAUUGGAAAAAUAUUUUUAAAUAAACAGUCAAUUUUUCUUUCUUUUUGCUUUGGUCAAUGAUUGCGAUUUAAAAAAAAAUAAAAUUUAUUUGCUAUAGUGAAGACAAAUAUAAUCAUUCAGUUUGGAUAUUUCAUAACUUACUGAAUUCUUAUGUAAAUAAAUUUAUACAGUUGAUAACUUUAUUGAAUACCAACGGAAAUAAUUAAAUUUUAUAAUGCUCUUUUUUAAUUGAAAAAACUUUUUCUGCCCUCCGGCCGGAAAGUGGCAACUUUCGGGCCGCUGCCCUAAACGAAGUUGCAACUUUCCGGCUUCGUCGAGCAGAAAAAUAGUAUACGCACCUUGGCCAGUAAAAAAGAAAGCCUCAGACCACAUGUUUGUCAGCCUCGGCUUCGCCUCGGCCAACAAUUACAUGUGCUCUGAGACUUUUCUUAUUUUACUGGCCUAGGUAUGUAAUAUACUAUUUUUUUAUUUUUAAAAUAAAUUCAUUCAUUAUAUAUAUCCUGACAUCAAAGUUAAAUUUAUUGUUGAGGUUUAGGAAAUAUGAUAGUUUAUUACGACGCUAGUAUUUACAUAAAAAUAUGUUUGUAUAUAAUUAUAAUGUUUAUUUACGUAAGUUUUUUUUUACGUAAUUUUGCUUGAACGCCCUCAGGUAACUUUUAGUUGUAAUAAAAAUUCAAAUCAUCCAUACAGUUACAAUUAUUAAAAUAAUAGUCGUUCACAAAAAGUUAAGAAUAAGUAAAAUAAAACUUUUUAUCUUAAAGGGCAUUCUCAGAGUACCCCUUUUUUUUUUUUAUAAAAUAUGCAAUGACUUUUAACUGUCAUAGUAUUCAAAUUUUAUUAAUUAAUUAAUAAACAAAUUAAAAGCUUAAUUUAAAAAAAGACAAUUUCACUAAGAUAUAGAAUUUAAAAAAAAUACUUGCAGUUGUUAUCAAUAAGGAGUUAAACAAAAUUUUGAAAAUAAAUUCAACCCUUCGUCCGUCGCGUUAUCCGAAUUUUUAUUAAAAGAUUAUUUAAAAAAAAAAAUUUCUAGUUUGAAAUUUUAUGAGUUCUUCUGCUAUACUUUUUAGUAUCGAAUGAAUUAAUGAUAAUUAUUUUAAAAAAGUUUGGUAAAUCCAAAAGUGCACGACUUUGAUGCUCAUUUGCAAAAAAAAAAAAAAAAAGAAAAAUGUACGAUAAAAGUUUCAAGGACAAAUUUUUUUGUUUUUUCCUUUCUGUUACACUAGAAAUUUCAAUUUCGCUCCGAAAAGUAGUCAGAUGUAUUUUUUCACGUAAGCGCGACUGGUGUGACGAAAGUAUAUGUAAAAAAACAUAUAUAGAUAUACAAAAUUAGUUGUUCUUUUUAUUAAUUAUAAUUAAAUGGGGCCGAAUUUGAUGGCCAUUUAUGUCACACUUCUUCUUCGGCCCUAAAAUGAUCUUUUAAUAAAAAAAGUGAUCCAAAUAAUGGCUUUUUUCUCGAGGUUUUGUGUUUACGAGUUUCGGGCGCUUUUUCUACUGCUUGACGGGAAAGUUUUUUUUUUACAUUUUGAUGUUUUUUUAGUUAUUUAAUACAUCAAAUUGGUCUUUAUAAGUAAUAAAAUUAAUCCUUAUUACAUUCUCUAUCCGAUGAUGUGUAACUUGGUUAAGCUCCGUGGACUAACAGGAGUAAAACAGUAAAAACAGUAGCGAAAAAGAGGCAAACUGAAUUUUUCAAUCGUAAAGCACACUCUAAUGCUUCGCAUGAAGAGUCGUGCAAUAUUUAAAAAAUAAGGUUUUUUUGGAAAACUUGAGAACGCGACGAUUUGCUGCUGACGCGAGUAAAACAGGCGUUGAAUUUCAAUUUUCUGCGCAAUUGCCAGUUAGCACCAGCGACACAUUUCUAGUUCAUUUAAUUCAUCUCUUUCUUUAAUAUUUUUAUUUAAUACAAAUUUCUUAUUUUAGUAAAAAAUAUUACGGUUGUCUAGUCGUAUAAACUUGUGUAAUUAUGAUUUUGAAAAAUCAUAGUUAUGGUACUUGACAACACCGCAGUAUUAAAUACAUACCGGCGCGACGGAGGGUUAAGUCUGCAAAAUUUGAAAAUUUGAAUUCGAAAAUUGACAUCAAGAUUUUACUGUAAUUUAUUUUCCUAAUUUUGUUUAACUCUCGAUUGAUAUCAACUGUAAGUAAUUUUUUUAAAAUUCUACAUCUCGGCGAAAUUGUUAAAUUUAACAUAAAAUUUAAAACUGUAAUUAAAAAUGCUUCAAAUAUUUGACAUUCCAACUUUACUAUAUGUGACAAUCAGUAAUUUAUAAUAAAACGUAACAUUGACCAUAGAAAAAAGAAUGACAUAAAUUGAAAUACAUCGAUAUUAAUACUCAUCUUUCUCAAUAAUUAUCUAAUUAUCUAAAUCUUGGAUAUGUUGGCUUGAAUAAAUGAAAAAUGAAAUUUUGAAAUGAGUGAAAUAAAAUUAGGGACGAUAGUGAUGAUGAUAAUCAAUAAAGACAAAUAAAUUAUUUUAUUACUAAGGUACUUUUAUUUUAAAAAUGCUUGUAAUGAUGUAAUUUAACACGAGGAUUUUCAUUAAUCAUUUAUGUAAAUUUAUUUAAAAUGAAAAUUUGUUAAUCUCAUUUGUAAUUAAUUUAAGUUACUUUUAAGCUACUCCAUAUUUUGUAUUAUGCUUAUUUUUUCUGUCUGUUCGUUUAAUCACAAUAAUUAUUGAAUACUAUCUAUAAUAAUUAAUUAAUUAGAUAAAAAAAAAAUAGACUAAUAGACUCAUGAAAGAAAUUACAAUUAAAGUGACAACGAUCAGACAGAUGAAAAAUUGUAAUCGAUAAGAGUCUAGUCUUGUAUAUAAUUAGUUAAGCAAGGUGAUAAACAAACAACGUGAUUUGAUGAUGCAGGUUUUAAAUUUAACCUUUCGUCCAUCGCGCUAUGAGGGAAUCCCCGGUUUUUUUUUUUUUUUUUUUUUUUUUUUAAAUACAAUUUUAGAAAAACGAAUCAUAACUUUCCUAAACUGAUUCAGCAAUUCGUGUAAUAAUGUCUUACUAAUCGAUAUAAAUAAUCGAGAAAUCACGUCGAUUUUCUCACUGUGCGACUGAUCUCGUAAGUAAAAUUUGAAUUGCAACAUUACCAUAUUUAUAAAAAAUGUUGGAAAAUCCAAAAGCGCGCACCUCAAUCGCUCAUUUUAUUUUAAAUCAUUACUUCUAUUUUAUUUUUUUUAAAUAUCCCGCCUUUUUGUCUUUUUUUAAAUCCAACUAUUACGCUAGUGCUGCCACCAGUAGUUGAUAGAGAGAAAAAGGAAAAAAAUAAUAAUAGUAAAAAUAAAAAUGGCAGCUAAAUUUUUCGUGAGUAAUCAAUUUUACGUUUUUAAUUAAUUACAAUUAAACUAAAAGGAUUUGGAUAGAGAUUUUCUAUAGGGUUCUUGUGAUCACAAAUACAAAGAUAAUAAAAAAAAAAUUAGGCCGAUUAAUUGUGUCUAUUAAUAGUUAUCGUGAUUACGAAGUUUCAUACACAACAGUUGACAACUCGUGUCUGAGAUUCAAAAAUGGAACUAUAAUUUGUUCAAAAAUAUGGAGCUUAGUCGUGUAAAUAAUCAAUGACUUUCAUGUAAAAUAUUUAUUUCAGAAAAAUGUGAAUAAAAAAUUAAUAAUCUGAUCAAAAAAAUUAGAGAAAUUUCGAAAUCGACGUGGCAAUAUUGCACUAAAAUUAACAUUAGGGCGAUUCCCUCACUGGGCGGAGGAUACGCGAUGGACGAAAGGUUAAAAGACGAGAAUGUGUCGAAGUUUAUAAAAUAACUAGUACUGAACAAAAGGGUCGUACAGUCAAAUCCGUCCGAUUUUUUUAAUAAGUAUCGAGAGUUAGUUAAUUUAUAUUAAAUUUGUUUUUUAAGCAAUUUUGAUACAUAGUAUAAAUUAUUUGAUUCAAUUGCUGAUAAAUUAGACAUAUAUUAUUAUUAUUAUUAUUAUUAUUAUUAAUAAGAAACUUUAAUUAAUUGUUGUAAAAUUUCUAAGUAAAAUUGAUGGUAAAUUUUUGAGUUAAUUUCUUAAUAAAUUUUUAUAAAAUUUAGUUUAAAAAAAUAAUGAUAAAAUUUAGAUGUCUAAAUUUGUUAAAGGUGAUAUUUUUUAAUCAAUAGACAAUGAUAUAAUGUAUGUGUAAUUAAGAUAUAGAAAUUAAAAAUAUGAUUGACAGAAAAUUUUUAAAAAAUUAUAUUAAUGUUGAUUAUUAAAAUUUUGUGAAUACUUUUAAUUUAUUUUAAAUUUAAAAAAAAAAAAAAGUAUCAAAGCUCAAUGAACUUAAAGCUUACGGGAAUAAAUUUUUGAAACUUAGAAAAAAUAUGAAAAACUUGCAAAAAAAAAAAUAAAAGUUAAUUUGUAUAAAAUUUUAAAUAAAUAAAAAUUAACAAAUUAUUUUAAUGAGUAAAAAAAACUUGAACUAUCACUUAGUUUAGAAAAAAUACUCUCGAUACUCUUGACAAAAUGAAAUACGAUGGAUUUGAUAGAUGAAAAUAUAAUAAACAAUGUAAGAAGGAAAAAUGAUAAUAUGGGAAUUUAUUAGACAAUAUCUAAUACGAGUUUAUUAAGUAAUUUUACCAAUAUUCAUACGUAGCUCAAUCUAUAGUAAUUAAUUAAAUUUAAUAAAAAAUAUAUAGACAUAAUUAAGGGAAAAAAAUGAACAGUAAAAUUACUAACGUAUAGUGAUCAUAAUAAAACUGAACUAUGAAUUUAUUGGCGGAUUGAUUGGAUGGAAUAAAAUAAAAAAAAAAAAAGCGUGUGCCAAAAUACGCCGAUGCUGUUAGAAAAAGUAAUAAAAUAAUUCCCAUAGGAAGUUGAUUUAAAAAUAAUUACAUCUCUUGGGUAAUCAAAAAAUAAAGCCUACAGUUUUGUAAGCGAAUGAGAGCUUUUAUUGCUAAUUGUUACUUUGCCUUCGAUAUCAUAAAUAUAAUUAUGUUAUUACUUAUAUUUUAUUUUAAAUUCAAUUAAAUUGUAUAUUCAUUAUUUUUAAAUCAUCAAGACUAUAAUUUAAUCAUAUUAGGCUAUUGAUUUUAAUUAUCGUUUUUAUUAUUUUGUACUAUAUUUGAAUAAAAAAAGUUAACUCUUA